CCCAUCUCUCUCUUCCAUCCCUACCAUCUGCUCCAAUACGCAUCGAUCAAUUCUCUGCCUCAUUUGUGUUCAACAUGGAUCCAUCCAUCCCGGGUGCGACAAUGCAGCUCAACAGCACCGGUCCCAGCGACUUCAGCGGUGCUUGUUGUCUGGCGCUGUGGUCGGUACUCGGGGCUACCAAGGUGACCUUUCCAGGCUCCCAGAUUUACGACUCAUCGGUGUCCUCGUACUUUUCCCAGCAAGAGGCCCAGAUCCAACCGCUCUGCGUGGUUGCUCCCUCCACCGUGGAGGAUGUCUCUUCUGCAUUGAAAACGCUCACCUCCAUCGCCGUGUCGCUCCCUGACGAGGAAAAGUCGUCCUGUGACUUUGCCAUUCGCUCCGGCGGCCAUGCCACCAUCGCCGGGGCAGCCAACAUCCAGGGAGGUGUCACUCUUGACCUCCGGGGCCUCAAUUCGAUCGAGGUCAGCAGCGACCGGGACACCGUCAUGGUUGGCGCUGGGGCCACUUGGGGCGAGGUGUAUGCCAUCCUGGAUCCAUUGAACCGGUCGGUCGCUGGCGGUCGCGCGGCGCAAGUUGGCGUCGGGGGGUUGACCACGGGCGGAGGCAUCUCCUACUUCUCUCCCCGAUACGGAUGGACCUGCGAUACCGUUCAGAACUUCGAGGUGGUCCUAGCGAAUGGCUCGAUUGUGAAUGCCAAUGCGCACGAGAAUCAAGACCUGCUGGUGGCCCUGCGCGGAGGCUCCAAUAACCUAGGGGUCGUCACCCGACUGGAUCUGACGGCCUUUGAGCAGGGCCCUAUCUGGGGUGGCAGUGUCUUUUACUCGCUCGAUACUGUCGAGCAGCAGCUCAAAGCCACUGCCGAGUUCAGCGCCCCGGAAAGCUACGAUGACUAUGCCUCGUUGAUCGUGAGCUUCGGCUUCUCGGGUGCGCAAGGCGCGGCCGUCGUCAACAGUAUUGAGUAUACCAAGGCAGAGGAGAACCCUCCCGCCUUUCAGCUUUUCACUGAGAUUCCUUCGUUGUAUAGCACGCUGCGCAUUGCUCCGAUGUCAUCUAUCGCCGCCGAGCAAGGGGCAUUUUCACCCAAUGGGAAGCGACAAUUGAUGGUCGUCACGACGUAUGUGCCAUCUUUGCCCAUGCUGAAUGCAACCUACCGUCACUGGAAUACCAGUCUCGCCGAGCUUCACGGAGUGCCGGGCAUCAUCUGGUCUGUCUCUCUUGAGCCGGUGCCCCCAUCAAUCUACGCAAGGGCAGCAAGAGAAAACUCGCUGGGACUGUCGGAUGCGUCUGGAACCCUCAUGGUGGCCCUUCUCAGCGCGACCUGGGAUGAUGCCGCCGAUGAUGCUCAAGUGGAAAAGGUCGCUCGCGAGCUGUUCACCGCUAUUGAGAGUGAUGCUCACCGGCUGGAUGCCUAUCACCCAUUUGUGUAUCUUAACUACGCGGCGCCAUGGCAGGAUCCGAUUGGUAGUUAUGGGGAGGCCAGUGUUGACCGACUGAGACGGGUGGCAAGGGACGUAGAUCCGAAGGGAGUGUUCACAGCGGAUGUACCGGGGGGAUUCAAGAUUCCGAGGAGCAGUUGAUCGUGCCGAUGAGUGUCGCAGGUAGUGCUUAGUUGUCAGACAGGGAUUAAUGAAUAGAAAGAUUAGGGGCUUUCUUGAA